AUGGAGAUCAUCUCAACCACGAGGAACGCAUCCGGAGCGUCCACUUCCAACGCUACUCAUCAUACCGAGUGGACCUUAGAGAGCUUCCUCCAACAUCAUCCUGCCAUAUUCAAUGGGAAGUGUCUUCCUGAUGAGGCUGAUCAGUGGUUGCGAGAUAUGGAGCGGAUCUACAAUGCCAAGAGGUGUCCAGACGACAAUCGCUUGUCAUUCACUGAGUAUCUACUGACUGGAGAGGCCAAUCAUUGGUGGACGAGCAUGAAGAUGGUAUUAACGGACGCUCAAAGUCCCAUUUCAUGGGAAGUAUUCAGAAGCAAGUUUUAUGAAGAAUACUUCCCAAAUAGCGUUCGUUUCGCCAAGGAAGUAGAGUUUCUUCAAUUAGUGCAAGGUGGGAUGUCUGUCUCUGAGUACACCAACAAAUUCAAGCAUUUAGUACGAUUCAACACCAUGGCUACCAGUGAAGAGUGGCAGUGUCGGAAGUUUGAGAAUGGAUUGAGGAGCGAUCUCAAAAGAGAACGAAUGGCACCAAGACCUCCUCCUCAACCUACCGAGCGUGAUGUGUCUGGUCACACUAGACUACUGGAAUCAGUAAUAGAGGCGCUUCAACAGUAG